UGUGGUUCUGACCCUCUGUGUCUCUCUGUCCCAGUGUGUGUAGGGCAGCAGGACUUCACCAUGGCGACAGGGCCUAAAGAAGAACCGGUCCCCCCUGUCCAAGAGACGUCUGUCAAGAGGCUGGUGGUCGGACCUCUGGACUUACGGCUCAACAGCAGCGCCGUGCAUCGCCUUCUCAAGAUGCUGGCCUGCGCCAUGGACCACGAGUACCAACCCUACUACAAACCACAACCAGACCCAGUGGAGGUGCCCCGGGCUCCAGUCUCCCAGGAGGAGGUAUCAGUGCUGGAGGAGUUUAUCCCUACCAGGCUGACCUGCCUCACCCUGCAGAAGGUCACUGUCACCCUCAACAUGGCCGAGUUCAACCUCCUACACACACUGAUUCCUGUCAUCAUGGGACAGAAGGCCCCACCAGGUCCGGUCAGUGUGCCAGUCUUCCAGGCGAUGCGGCCUCUGCCGGCCCUCAGGUUCCAGGUGGACAGCGUUAAUGUGGAACACUCUGUUCCCAUGUUCGCCCCUGAGCUCAUCAAUACCGUCUCCUCUCUCAGCCAGCCCUCUGAUAACCUGCUGCACCACUGUUAUACACACUGCUACCUCAAGGUGUUUGGAGUCCAGGCUGGUUUGACCUGUCUGGACAGUACAGGCGGUUUCCUCCCUCUGUCCCCUCUCAUCCCUUCCUUCAGUACAGCCCUCUAUGGCAAGCUGCUCCAGAUGCCUCAGUACUGGUGAGUACCGCUACUCUGAUGUAGUCAUGUUUGGAAGUGUUUAUGUAGGUAUCUUCUACCUGGUGUUCAAGGUGCUUCGGUAUGUAGGGGGACAGGAACUCACCUCAUCCACUACCAGUGUGGAGAAACCACCUGGGUGAUGCCAAGGUUGUUGGCUAGAUGGGGUGUUGGCUAGACGGGGUGUGGGCUAGACAGGGUGUUGGCUAGACGGGGUGCUGGCUAGACGGGGUGCGGGCUAGACGGGGUGUGGGCUAGACAGGGUGUUGGCUAGACGGGGUGUGGGCUAGACAGGGUGUGGGCUAGACAGGGUGUGGGCUAGACGGGGUGUGGGCUAGACAGGGUGUGGGCUAGACAGGGUGUGGGCUAGACAGGGUGUGGGCUAGACAGGGUGUGGGCUAGACAGGGUGUGGGCUAGACAGGGUGUGGGCUAGACGGGGUGUGGGCUAGACGGGGUGUGGGCUAGACGGGGUGUGGGCUAGACAGGGUGUGGGCUAGACAGGGUGUGGGCUAGACAGGGUGUGGGCUAGACAGGGUGUGGGCUAGACAGGGUGUGGGCUAGACAGGGUGUGGGCUAGACAGGGUGCUGGCUAGACAGGGUGUGGGCUAGACGAGGUGCUGGCUAGACGGGGUGUGGAUGAGCUGCCUGUAGUCUUGGUUUGGGGGAUACAGAUAGAUGGAUGAGCUGCCUGUAGUCUUGGUUUGGGGGAUACAGAUAGAUGGAUGAGCUGCCUGUAGUCUUGGUUUGGGGAAUACAGAGAGAUGGAUGAGCUGCCUGUAGUCUUGGUUUGGGGAAUACAGAGAAAUGGAUGAGCUGCCUCUAGUCUUGGUUUGGGGGGUACAGAGAGAUGGAUGAGCUGCCUGUAGUCUUGGUUUGGGAGGUACAGAGAGAUGGACUAGCUGCCUGUAGUCUUGGUUUGGGGGGUACAGAGAUAUGGAUGAGCUGCCUGUAGUCUUGGUUUGGGGGGUACAGAGAGAUGGAUGAGCUGCCUGUAGUCUUGGUUUGGGAGGUACAGAGAGAUGGAUGAGCUGCCUGUAGUCUUGGUUUGGGAGGUACAGAGAGAUGG